GUUGCUGUAUGUGUGUAUUUGCUGCUGUAACUGGACUGAGUGUCUCACAAUAACAGGGGUGCAGAGUCUGAGUGCCAGCUGACAACAGGUUGUGCUUUAACUGUUAAGAUAGAAUUUAAACAUGUCAUCAGAAUCUCCUCGCCGUCCAAGCAGGUGCACAGGAGGGGUGAUGGUCCGACCUCAAGCUGUCACGGAGCAGUCAUAUAUGGAAAGUGUUGUUACAUUUCUGCAAGAUGUCGUUCCACAGGCAUACAGUGGGUCUCCUGCAACGGAGGAAAAAGAAAAAAUAGUUUGGGUCCGUUUUGAAAAUGCAGAUAUGAAUGACAUAUAUAGAAAUAUGGAGUUCCAUGAAGUACAUAGCACUGGGAAUGACCCCCCUCUUCUACUGAUGAUAGGGUAUACGGAUGGAAUGCAGAUCUGGAGCGUACCAGCCAGUGGAGAAGCUCAGGAAUUGUUCUCAGUCCGGCAUGGUCCUGUUAGAUGUGCACGAAUUUUACCAUCUCCCCAGAUUGGUGCUCAAGUGUGUGAUAGUUUUUCAGAAAAGAGGCCUCUCCUUGGAAUGUGUAAAAGCACAGGCUCUUGUGGCACAAGCCCACCUUACUGCUGCGUAGACUUGUACUCUCUACGGACUGGGGAAAUGGUGAAAUCCAUUCAGUUUAAAACCCCUAUUUAUGACCUGCACUGCAAUAAAAGGGUACUUGUUGUGGUUCUCCAGGAAAAAAUAGCCGCAUUUGACAGCUGCACAUUUACAAAGAAAUUUUUUGUGACAAGCUGCUAUCCCUGUCCUGGGCCAAACAUGAAUCCUAUUGCCCUUGGAUGCCGCUGGCUUGCUUAUGCUGAAAAUAAGCUUGUGCGAUGCCAUCAGUCUCGUGGAGGAGCAUGCGGAGACAACAUCCAGUCUUAUACUGCCACUGUUAUUAGUGCUGCCAAAACCCUUAAAACUGGGCUUACCAUGGUUGGGAAGGUUGUUACACAGCUAACCGGUACCUUACCUGCGGGAUCCAUAGAUGAGGACAUGACCACGCACAGUAAUACCAGACGGAAUCCUCUUGUUUCUGGAGUGGUCACCAUUAUUGAUAUUGAGACUGUUGCAGAAGGACAGGUUCUUGUCAGCGAGGACUCAGAUGGUGAGGGUAUCAUUGCUCAUUUUCCUGCCCAUGAGAAACCCAUCUGCUGUAUGGCUUUUAAUCCAAGUGGUAUGCUUCUGGUUACCUCAGACACGCUAGGACAUGAUUUCCAUGUGUUUCAGAUCCUUACCCAUCCAUGGUCCUCUUCCCAAAGUGCCAUACAUCACCUGUACACUCUACAUCGUGGAGAGACAGAAGCUAAAGUGCAGGAUAUUUGCUUUAGCCAUGACUGUCGAUGGGUGGUGGUGAGCACUCUCCGUGGAACUUCACACGUAUUCCCCAUAAAUCCUUAUGGUGGUCAGCCAUGUGUACGCACGCACAUGUCACCCCGCGUGGUGAACCGCAUGAGCCGGUUUCAAAAGAGUGCUGGCCUGGAAGAGAUUGAACAGGAGCUGACUUCAAAGCAAGGAGGUCGAUGCAGUCCUGUACCUGGGCUAUCCAGCAGUCCAUCUGGAUCUCCUCUGCAUGGGAAACUUAACACUCAAGAAAAUUACAAUAAUUUCACCAACAAUAACCCAGGGAACCCACGUCUCUCGCCUCUGCCUAGCCUGACAGUUGUAUUACCUCUUGUGCAAAUAAAGCAGCCAAUGACACUGGGAACGAUUACAAAGCGUACUGGACCUUACCUGUUUGGAGCAGGAUGUUUUUCCAUCAAAGCUCCUUGCAAAGCCAAGCCAGUACCGCAGAUUUCCCCAAGCAAAUCCAUGGGAGGAGAGUUCUGUGUAGCAGCUGUUUUUGGAUCUUCGAGGUCCUGGUUUGCCAGCAACCAAAGCAUUAAGAGAGAUAAAGACCAAUCAAAGCAGUGUGUUGUGGAAUCCCUCUAUAUCAUUAGUUGUUAUGGAACUCUAGUUGAACAUGUCUUGGAACCUCGUCCCCUGAGCACUGCACUGAAGAUAAAUGAUGACACCCUACUGGAAAUGUGGACAUCACCUCGGGCCAGUUGGACACUAGUUAGGACUCCACAAUGGAAUGAACUCCAGCCUCCAUUUAAUGCAAAUCAUCCCUUGUUACUGGCUGCAGACGUGGUACAAUAUUACCAGUACCUUCUCGCUGGCUUAGUUCCACCAGGAAGUCCUGGUCCUAUCACAAGGCAUGGAUCAUAUGACAGCUUGGCAUCCGACCACAGUGGCCAAGAGGACGAAGAAUGGCUCUCACAGGUGGAAAUAGUGACUCACACUGGUCCUCAUAGACGGUUAUGGAUGGGGCCUCAGUUCCAAUUUAAAACUAUCCAUCCCUCUGGACAAACAACAGUGAUUUCUUCUAGUUCCUCAGUACUUCACUCACAUGGCCCGAGUGAUACUCCACAACCACUGCUAGAUUUCGACACAGAUGACCUUGAUUUGAACAGUCUAAGGAUUCAGCCCGUUCGAUCUGAGCCAGUUAGCAUGCCUGGAUCACCUCGUCCUGCCCCAGAUCGACGAGGAGCCUCCACAAUUAUUGAUGCCAGCUCAGGUUCAUAUGAUCGCAGUGUAACUCUGCUAGAAGUGUGUGGUAGCUGGCCAGAAAGUUCUGGGCUCCGUCACAUCUCAUCCAUCGAAAGCACUGAUGAAGGCCUUCGUGAGCGACUGGCCGAUGCUAUGUCCGAGUCUCCGAACAGAGAUGUGGUGGGAUCAGGAACAGAACUUCAGCGAGACGGAAGCAUAGAGACGCUAAGUAACAGUUCUGGGUCGACCAGCGGAAGCAUUCCAUGCAAUUUCGAUAGAUACAGAACAACGCUACCAACCAACGACAGUUUAAGCCUCUUUCCCACAGGACUUUGAAAAUAAAAGAAAAUAAUCUACAAAAAAAUAAAUAAAAAAUUGCUCACUGAAAAUGUAUCAACUCAGUUAUGAUUUUAAAUAGUUCUAAAAGGAUUUUAAUUGUUCCUAUUAAAUAGUGUUUUAAUUGUAAUAUAACUGAUAGUAGAAUAUACUGUUUCUUGAAUUCCUAUAAGAUACUUAAGGCAGAGACGCACAUAAUAUAUCAAGAAGACUCAUGUUUUACAUUGUUUUGUCUUUUUUAUUUUUGUGUAUUGACUCAUUGACUCAUUGAAACGUGGAUUUGCUUGAAAGAUUAAUGCCACAUAGACAAUCGUAAUGUGAAUUACCACCUGUGUACUUUUAGUGCAUUGGCAUGAUAUACACUGGCUGUCUUAGCUUAAAUGUUUUAUUUUGAGAUAUAACUAAUCAGGCAAUACCCAUAUUCAAUAUAGUAUCCUACUGUAUUUAAAUUAAUAGAAAUUGUAUGAUUAUGUUUGGUUGAAAUAUGUAAUACUGUACUGCAAUAACUUUAAGAAUCGUCAAUAUAGAAGACAACUGUUGUUUGUGACAAGUUAUAUGAAUUAACCUUACAGCUGAUAGUUAAUCAUAUUAGUGACAGUGCUGGAGAAAUAAUAGUUGUGCUACUUUUGCUUUAAUUUUUAUUAAAGUGCAAAGGUGCCUCCAAAUUAAAGGGAUAUUUUAUGGGUAUAAAUAAGCUAGCCUGUUAGAACAUGUGAAAUAUUUUGUGUAUUAUGCAAUCAAUUUUUAUGCUGUGUGCACUUGUAGUUUUUACGAUUUGUAUAAAUAACAUCAGCAACAUGGAACUGAUGAGAGCAACCAUCUUUGUUUGCAAACGAGCAGAAAGGUAGAUAAAAGCAAAUGUCUCAUUUUUGUU